AUGGGUUUAUUCAAGAAGUCCGAUGGCGACGGCGACGACUCGAACCGCCGAGCCCUCUUUGGCUCUCGCUCAAAGAACAAGAGCCCAGCACCUGAUUCAAACCCCUACGCGAAAGCUAUUCCCACCGAUCCAUAUACAAGAGCUAAGAUCAAUGCUGGCGUAGCUCCCAUGCCAGCCCACGAACAGGCUGCAUUGAGGGCUUCCCCCGCCUUGGGGUCAGCACCCCACUCCAUUCCCUCUGACAACAAAUACGCACCAAACAAGUACGGCAACCAGGGCGGAUAUGGUAGUGAUCGAUUUGGUAGUGCUGGUGCAGGCGCUGGCGCAUCGCGAUCUGGUGGAUACGGAGGAUUAGGCAGCACUGACCCAAAUGACCCAAAUACCGGAGAUGCUGCCCGGAACGAACUUCUUGGCGGCGCCAGAGAUCGUGCUCAACGACCUUCAGGAGGACCUUCAGGAGGCCCACCUCCACCUUACUCAAAUGGUCCGAGUGAACAACCAAACUAUGGUGGCGGCAGCAAUGAGUAUAGCAUGGCCACAUUCCAGGAACGGCAGCUCACAGCCGAGGAAGAAGAGGCAGAGAGCGUGCAAGCUACGAAGCAGGACAUGCGUCAUAUCAAACAAGGCGAUGUCUCAUCCACACGAAAUGCUCUUCGCAUUGCGGCGCAGGCUGAGGAAACAGGUCGCACGACCCUUGCCCGUCUGGGUGCACAAGGUGAAAUGAUCCACAGUGCAGAGGGCAGUCUGGAUAUGGCAACUGUCCAGGGUCGCCUUGCAUCCGAAAAGGCCCGCGAGCUGAACACACUUAAUAAGAGUAUGUUCGCCGUGCACGUUUCCAACCCGUUCACCAGUGCUUCUCGUCGUCGUGCGCGUGACGAGGCAAUUCUCAAUACUCACCAUAACGAACGUGAUGCCCGUGAUGGCACCCGCUCUGAAGCACACCAGUCAAAUGCUCGUAUGGAGAAAGUGUUCCGUGAUAUUGACCGGGAAGCUGGCAAGCAAGGAAGGCCCAAGAAGGCGAAUGUUACUGAGCGUGCCAAGUACCAGUUCGAAGCUGAUAGCGAGGAUGAGGCCAUGGAAGAUGAGAUCGAGCAGAACUUGGAUCUACUCAGUGGUGCCGCUGGUCGAUUGAAUGGUCUUGCCAAGGCUACUGGCCGCGAGCUUGACGAGCAGAAUAGACACUUGGAGCGCAUCACUGGAAAGAGCGACUAUGUCGAUGAUCAGCUUGCUAUGAACAGGGCCAAAUUAGACCGGAUCCAUUAA